GUUUGUGUGCAUGUUUUGCAGCUGCUGCAAUGGCCACCCUCCUCUCGGCUUUCCUGGGCCUCCUCCUCCUGAUUUCUGUUUCUGCCUCUGAAGAUGACCUUGUGCUGGUCACCAGCACUGGCCCCAUUAGAGGCAAGCGAGUCCUGACUGGAUCUGGCUCCGUGACAGCCUACCUGGGCAUCCCCUACGCCGAGCCCCCUGUGGGGAAGCUGCGUUUCCAGAAGCCCCAUCCUCACCAGCCAUGGAGCCAUGUCUUGGAGACCACCCAGUACGGCCACCCCUGCCUCCAGAGAGACACUUUCUCCUACCCCGCUUUAGACAUAUGGGUUGCUAACGCAUCCAAUGCAGAAGACUGCCUCUUCCUCAAUGUAUGGGUACCUCACCCAAGGCCCUCCAUGCCAGUCCCUAUCCUUGCUUGGAUCCACGGCGGGGGAUUUAUGACUGGAGCAGCCUCCAUGGACUUAUACAACGGAGCCACGUUAGCUGCUACCGAGAACAUUAUUGUGGCUUCCAUGAAUUACCGGCUGGGGGCCUUGGGCUUCCUUUAUUUCCCACCAGAUGCCUCAGGAAACAUGGGGUUAUGGGAUCAACACCUGGCCCUCAAGUGGCUGAAUGAGAACGCAGCGGCCUUUGGGGGCAACGUGUCUCAGUUGACGCUCGUCGGCCACAGUGCCGGGGCAGCUGCUGUGGGGUACCACCUCCUCUCGCCAGCAAGCCAGCCCCUUUUCGCCCAUGCAGUGAUGCAGAGUGGCUCGCCCAGCAGCUCCUGGGCUUGGAAGCACCCUGAGGCUAUGAAACAGUCUGCCCUGUAUUUGGGGGACAUUGUUCAGUGUCCAAAACAUAACUACAGUGCUGUGGUGAGCUGCCUGCAGGAUACAGAAAUUGGAGCGAAGGUGUUUUAUCAUGUGGAUGCGUUAUUCUCACCGACCUCUGAUGGGGACUUCCUUCCUGAUGAGCCAAGGAAGCUUCUGCAGUCUGGGAGAAUUCCCGCUAAACCAUUACUCACAGGCGUUACUAAAGACGACGGGUCUGUCCUUGUACCAUACGGCGUCCCUGAUGCCCAGAACGACGAUGCGGUCCUGACCCGAGAGCACGUCCUUCAAGGGAUGUCCUUCGUGUUACCAAAGCCCAUGGAGAGAAAUGUCACCCUGGCACUAGUGGAGAAGUACACCGAAGACAGUCAUGGGCCGGGCGGCUACCGUCAGGCCCUCUCCCACUUUUGGAGAGAUUAUUAUUUUUUCUGCCCAAUGGCUGACGUCAUUGAAAGCAUGGCAUCCGUUGGGGGUCCAGUGUACACGUACUCCUUCGACCACCACAUUCCUGGCCCCAUGUGGCGGGAGUGGAUGGGAGCAGCCCAUGGCGCAGAGGUGCCUUACCUGUUUGGAACCCUCUCCGUGCUGCUCGGCGUGAACGGGACGAGUACAGAGGCGGAUGCCGCAGUGAGCCGCAAGGUGAUGCGGUACUGGGCAGAGUUUUCCAGAAGUGGGAAUCCCAGUGGAUCCCCAUCCAAUGAAUUGCUGUGGCCACCGUACAAUGACACAGAGGAGAAGUACUUCCACAUCAGCUCAGGGCCGCACCAAAUCAAGAAAAUCUACCCUGCCGGACACUGCAAUUUUCUGAAAAAACAUAUAUUCAGUAUAAAAGAUACAAGUGAGCAGAGCGUCCCCUUUUCACGGCCUGAACUUCGGUGAAAUACUGGUGUCUGAAUAGCAAAGUCAGGGAAACUUGCUUUUUGGUUCCUUUCCUCCCAGAAAAUUUCCCACUUGCCAUUCUACUGGGUUGUUAAGAAAAUUCAUGUUAACACUACGAAUUGGUAUCUGACUUCUUUUCCUGUCUCUUUUUCCUUUUUGCAUCCUAUGUCUCUUCAAUUGUACAUCAUUGCUGUUAAAAGUAAAAUUUGAAGAGUUCUUUGUCAGAAAUGCUGUAUGUGUUCAUCUGUAUGUCUGUCUAUGGAGUAAGCACAUCAGUUAAUAAAUUAGCAGUUUAAUGGUCAACUAUCACAAACUGAAAACAUUGACCCCUAGUGGCAGAACAAUGCAUUACAGACAAGGAACUCCUGCAUUCAUUUUCCCGAGGCAAGGGACAAACUGCAACUAGUUGAGU